AUUUUUUGGUAUCUUUGGUGAUGGAUCACAACUCUCACCGGACAGUACGAAGACAACAACCUCGACCAUGAUGAUGAAGAUUACGCUUGCAGCCCUGGUCAUUGUCUGUCUGAUUCCAGCCAGCCAUGGAUUUGCUGCGACCCUCUCUGGUCCGCGUCACGAAAGGGUGUGUGUUCCGCAGCAAGGCGUCCAGACAACUGACCACAACGUACCUUUGCAACAACAAGAGAUCAUCCGCCCAUCGUUUGACUCCAAAGGCAUGGAAUCGUUCGCGAGAGAAUUGGAAGAACUCAACCGAGGGCCAUGGCAACAAAAAGCGGGAAACACUUUCUUGGCAACGCAAGACCCCAUCCACACCACUACAUUCCCCACGCUCCGAACUCCCACGGCUCCAUCUUCCAUCAAAUCAUUUUCACGAGAGAUUCUUCGACACGCCAUUCUUUCCACACUAUUGGCACGAUUCUGUUUUCCUCGAAUUCCAUUGUCGCCAUUGAUCAUGACUGUUGCCAUGACAAUUCUGAAACGAAAAGAAGUUCUCGUCAGAAGUCAUCAGUGGUAGUUUCUGUGCUUUCCUUCCUUCCUUCAGUCAGCUACAUACAUAUACUACCACCCUAAGAACGAGCCACACGCGGGAGUGAAUUGAGGCUCUCAGUUUUUCAUAGACUCUACAUAUACCAUAAUCCAUAGAUGUACAUUCCAGCAACAUAUUUUGCCUCGAGCUUUUUCUAAAGGUGCGU